AUGGUUUCCAAUCAUGAGCGUGUCGCUCGCUGGCAGGAUGAUUUGAUGCCGCAUAUUAUCGAUCGACUGGCACGUGAGACUCCCGAUGCCGUGUACGGACUCUGGCCCAUAGCUCCGGACUCAUACGAAGCUGGGUUCCGUACUGUCACCUAUGCACAGCUAGCAAAUGUGAUUAACGGCCUAGCUUGGUGGCUUAUUCAGGAGCUCGGUCCCAGUGAACGUAAUGAAGUCCUGACCUAUGUCGGCCCCAACGAUGUACGGCUUACUGCACUUCUCUUCGCCGCAAUCAAGGCCGGUUAUGUGCUAUUCCUUACAUCACCGCGUAACUCCGCGGCAGCACACCGUGGGUUGUUUGAUGCGCUUAACUGUCGGAAUCUUGUCACAACGGACCCGAGACCUCCAUCGAUUCUCCCUAUACUCGAGGCCGUAAACCCGCGUCAGCUCAUUACACCAAGCGUAGAAGAGCUUCUAGAGAAAUCUAGCCCGCAUUUCAUUCUUGACAAGACGUUCGACCAGACUCGCUGGGAUCCGUUCUUUAUUGUACAUACGUCCGGGUCGACUGGGUUACCAAAGCCUCUGAUAUGGACCCAUGAAAGUGUAACUCGACAUCAAAAGUUUACCAGCCGCGAUCCACCCGAUGGUGUGACCUCGAUUGACCAGAUCACUCGUGGCAAGAGGGUGAUAGCAACACUACCUCCUUUUCAUGGAGCCGGCCUAGGACAAUAUUUGUUUUAUGCCGUACCAUUUGGUAAUAUUUUGAUCGCACCAGUGACUACUGGAAUUGUGACUGCCCAGGGGCUCGUAGAUGCCCUAAAGCAUGCACCGGCAGAUAUAGCCGUUCUAGCACCAUCGGUGGUAGCUGAACUAGCUCAGAACCCCGAGUUGCUUGAAUACUGCGCCAGUCAACUCGAAUUGAUUAUUUUUAUCGGGGGGGACCUCCCUCAGGCAAUGGGAGACCGCGUCGCGGAAAAGAUUCGACUGAGUUGUCAAUGGGGGGCGUCUGAAGUUGGAAUCCCACAGCAAUUGAUACCAGCCGAGCCGGGUCGCUCGGAUUGGCAUUAUACCCGCUUCCAUCCAUGCACCGGUGCGGUAUUUGAAGAAGUUGCCGAUGGGACGUAUGAAUUAGUUAUACGACGCGACGAAGCCCUCGCCGACACGCAGCCAGCGUUUAGCAUACGAGGGCAAGAAAAGCUUGAGAAAGAAUACCGCACUAAGGAUUUAUUUGAGCGCUACCCAACAGUUGCCGACGCAUGGCGUUGGCGUGCUCGCGCAGACGACAUCAUAGUUUUCCUGAACGGAGAGAAAACGAACCCAGUGUCGAUGGAGCAGCAUAUAGUGGCUAGGAACCCCGAGCUAAGCGGCGUUCUAGUUGUCGGUUCUCAAAGAUUCCAGGCGGUUCUCCUGAUCGAGCCGGUCUCCCAAACCACCCCCUUAACAACGGCUGAUCAAGCAGCCCUGAUAGAACGCAUCUGGCCUAGUGUGGAGGAGGCAAAUAGGGCCGCGCCAGCCCACGCGCGUGUAGAGAAGACGAUGAUUCUCGUGACCACGGCAGAUCGGCCACUAAUGCGUGCAGGAAAGGGUACCAUCCAGCGGGCGGCAAGCCUCGCUCAAUAUGCAGCCGAUAUCGACAAGCUCUACGCGGAUGUAGAUGUGAUUCCGGAAGACGAAGGGGCCGACGGGUCCGUACAGAUAGACACCUUUGAUUCGGUCAAGGCCCGUAUCCGGGAGGGUAUUUCUACCAUCAUGGACUGGCCAGACAUAGACGACUCAACGGGAUUCUUCGAGCGCGGAAUGGACUCCUUACAAGCCCUAAGACUCACUCGCGCAUUACGGCGAGCCCUCCGUCGCCCCAACAUUGCAUUAUCCACGGUGUACCAAAACUCCACCAUAGCGCAACUCGCCUCAGCCCUCGUAGACCGAAAUGCCGAGCCUAACGAGAGGCUCAUGAUGGAGCCAAUACUAGCCACCUACCGCGCCCUAAUCCACCAAAUCCCCGCGCCAACCUCCUUAACUUCAAAAACAGACAAAGAAAUCGACGUCCUCCUAACAGGCUCCACCGGAACCCUAGGAACCCACAUCCUAGCCGCCCUCCUCGCCCGUCCGGGAAUAGGCCACAUCUUCUGCCUAAACCGCAGCCAAGACGGCGGCCGCAGCGUGCAAACCUUGCGAUUCACCAACGCCGGACUUCCAUCUUCAGCCCUCGAAACCCGCGUGACAUUCAUCAAAGCAGACCUAGCCCACCCCACAUUAGGUCUAGACACCCCAACCUACUCAACCCUCCGCUCCCGCGUAACCCUCAUAAUCCACAACGCCUGGCCCGUAAACUUCAACCUGCCCCUCUCCGCAUUCCGCCCACAUCUCUCCGGGCUCGUGAAUCUGCUCAUACUCGCCGCUAACGCGGCCCCGCGUACCGUCCACACCGUCUUCAUCUCCUCCGUCGGCGCCGUCGGCGCGCGUCCGGGAUCCGCUCCGGAGGCUGUGCUGAAAGACAACAACGACGGCUUCGAUGCCCCGGCUGGCAACGGGUAUUCCCGGAGUAAGUUCCUCGCGGAGCUUUUGUGCGAUGAGGCGGCGAGACAUUUACGGGUUCCGGUUACGGUGGUCAGGGUUGGACAGGUUGCGGGUGCGGUGCGCGGGGCUGGGGUGUGGAAUCGCGCGGAGUGGUUCCCGAGUUUGGUGCUGAGUUCGUUGGCGUUUGGAUGCUUGCCGGAGAGCUUGGGGCCGUUGUUUUCGGAGGUCGAUUGGGUGCCCGUGGAUUUGGCGGCGGAUGUUGUGGUUGAGCUUGCGGGUGGGGAUGGGGAUGGGGUUGGUGCUUCGGUGUUUAAUCUGAGGAAUCCUAAGACGGCUUCUUGGGAUGUGUUGGUGCCGGCGAUUAGGGAGGUUGCGCGGGAGAGACUUGGGCGGAGAUUGGAUGUGGUUUCAUCGUCGGCUUGGUUGGGUCGUUUGCGGGAGGCUGCGGCUAAUGCUGAUGCUGAUGGUGACUUGAUAAGCACGGCUACGUCUAACCCGGCUAUUAAGUUGGUGUCUUUUUACUCUAACGACUUAUGGGCUGACGAGGGUGCUGGAUCGAAGCUAAUGUCGGUUGAGCGCGCUCUAAGGGCUAGUUCGACGCUUCGUGAUAUGUCACCCGUAGGUGUCGAGUGGAUGCGGAAAUGGGUUCACGAAUGGAUUUCGGCGAAAACGCAAGAUGGGGAAGUCCGAUAGUGGGGAUAAUUAGCUGCUACGCUGCCGUAAGUCUUGUUGGUUUCGAGGUCUUGAGUAGGUAUCAGAUUUUGGGAAGAGAGGCAUCUUUGGUCGGAAACGAAGCGUAUUGAAA